AUGGAAGAGCUAGAAAAUGGGACACAGUGCCGUUUGAGCGAGAAAAAGAUCCGCGAUCGAAUCGGACUAGAAAAAGAUAAACAGCCAGAAGAUCUCCGAACUCUUAAAUUGCCAGGCUCAUAUCACGAUAAGAUAACGCACUUGGACAAUGCUCUUCAAAAUUUUACUCGUUUACAGAACCUGGACCUUGCGCGAAACGCCUUGCUCUCCCUCGAUGGACUCUCGCACCUUCGUCAUCUGGAAUCUCUAAACUUAUAUUAUAACAACGUUUGCGAUUUAGAUGAGCUGUAUAAGCUCAAGCAAAACAAAAAAUUGGAAAAUAUCGACCUUCGUUUGAAUCCAGUGACCAAAAAUGAGCCAGACUACCGUUUAUUCCUGGUCCACAUCUUGGAGAAUUUGCAGCGGCUAGACGACAGGCCAGUACGGGAUGCUGAGCGCAGUACUGCUAGCAUUCAUUUCGCCCAGAACAAGAAAUGGACUCGAUUCCAAAAAGCGGAACGAGCAGAACAGACCGUCGAGAAAGAGACUGCUCCUGUCAAAUACACUAAUGAGCGAGUCGACUACAUAAAGAAUAAUAUUGCAAAGCAUCGCGCUUACGACGACGUUGAAGAUGUUCGAUUGAUGUUGGACGGAUUGAACGAUGUUCUGUCUGAGGAUUCUCGAACCGACCCGAGCUCGAACAGUUGUUUGGAUCAAUUCCGUGGCGGAUCCAGUACCUUGCCAAACAGGAGUCUCUCUACACAGAACUUGCCCUCUUCUGGGACUGCGCCGAUCCGGCGGAGCUUGAGCAAGGCUAAAGUAAGUUGGGACCACCGACGAUCAGUAGAAUACUUGAACACGCUGCAUCAUAAUAAUGACGCAGUCGGGAGCGGUAGCGAAUUCCAAAAUGGAAAGCCUGCCUUCUACGGCGAUGAAACCGUCUCCAACACUAGCCAAAGUGGGAUUAGACCAUCGAAGAGCCGUUUGAGGCCAUCCGGGUCAAACUUGAACCGGAGUAGGUCCAUGACGACUGGCGAUUUAACUUUUCACGAACCGGAGACUCGAUCAUUCGGCAUAGCGAACAUACGGCAGGCGAAACGAGGAAUGACUGCCGAGGACGAAAAUGCUGCUCAGACUGAGUACAGAUCUCUCGCCACGUUCACUCGAGCUCCUCCAAGUGAGUGGACCUCAGAAGUAAAGACUUCACCUCAAAAGAUCAAAACUAUUCCUACAAGUGUUCCUCGACGACCUCGAAACCUCUCCUCAUCAACAGUUGCUUCUGUUAUUGAGAAUACCGACCAAGAUAAGCUGAAACCACUCCUCGAAUUAAUUGACGCUUGCUAUGCAGGACCAAACUCUCUCCAACGAUCUCCAACGUUCAUCCAAAAACUGAACGCCUUCGUGAGCGAGCACGCGCAAAACGAAGACGCCCGACAUCAAUUGAUCGAUAGAGAGAUCGAACUGCGUGCUUCUGCGUCUUCCGAACAAGAGAGGCUCCGCCAGCAACUAGAAAAUGCUGAGGUUGAGAUCCGUCGACUGAAAAACGAGAAACAGUCGAUGCGGGACUCGCAGCGCUCCUCUUCUUCACAUUCUUCUAAUAUCAACGAAGACCUCGUCCGGAUGCUCAAAGAGAGUCACGAAAUGCUCAAGAAGCAGAACCAGCGACUCGAGCAAGAAAUCGACGACAUGCGACUGCGACAUGAAAAGGAGAAAAUUGCUCUCAAAGAAAACUACGGUCGGCUGAAAAGUUCCAUUCGCUUUAUCCACGGUUCGAUGGACAAUCUCAACUAA